AUGAAUAGUUCACAAGGGAACGAUACCUCGGAGUCUAUGUCUCGGAGGAGACCUAACUUCUCCACUCGCACUGCACAAGAAGAUGAGUCCAGGCUGGACCCAAGCGAACCUCCAAAUGCUUCCCCAGAUGAGGCUGCCAGGCUACUGACUUGGCGACCGGGUCAGUCUUAUGGGUCUAUAAACCCUCACACACCCACGUCCUCAACCCGGAAUCACUCCCCGCCUUCGAAUUUCCUUGCAUACUUCUCGAGCUGGUGGAAUAAAACGGGCGACGAUGCUGGGCCACCGAGCACCUCCCCUACGGGUAGGCCGCUUAGAGACGCAAGUGCUGAUAGUAGAGGAAACGGCGAGAAAUCCCGCGCGUCUGACAGCUCAGAUAAAUUUUCCACUUUCUCCGGAGUUUUUGUGCCCACGAGCUUGAAUGUUCUGAGCAUUCUAAUGUUCCUUCGGUUUGGAUUCAUUCUGGGGCAGGCCGGCAUACUGGGAAUACUAGGAUUGCUUGUGAUAUCGUAUACGAUAAACCUUGUAACGACCAUGUCGUUAUCAGCCAUUGCAAGCAAUGGUACAGUCAAAGGAGGGGGGGCUUACUAUUUAAUAUCCCGCUCAUUGGGUCCUGAAUUUGGUGGAUCGAUUGGCAUAGUAUUUUAUCUCGGUUCCGUGCUGAACACGGGUAUGAACGCCGUUGGUUUGGUCGAUUGCUUUACACAAAACUUUGGGACUGAGACUGGGACAUGGUCCAACUUCCUUGAGGAAGGAUUUUGGUGGCAGUAUCUUUGGGGAACCAUCAUUUUGAUUCUAUGUACCGGGAUUUGUUUGGCCGGCAGCUCCCUCUUCUCUCGAGCAAGCAAUGGACUGCUUGUUACGCUCCUGCUCGCAACCCUCAGUAUACCAUUGUCUGCUAUUGUCAUGCAGCCAUUUCGCGCCCCGAAGCUGGGUGUGCAUUUUACUGGCAUUAGCCGUAAGACAUUCUUGGAGAACCUUAAGCCGAGACUUACAAAAGGAGCGGCUGGCAGUCAGAUCCCGGGGCGAGAGACCUUUCAAGACCUCUUUGGGAUUCUGUUUCCUGCAACUGGAGGAAUUUUUGCUGGUGCAAGCAUGUCAGGGGAUUUGAAGAACCCAAGCAAAUCGAUCCCAAAGGGUACUCUUUAUGGACUAGCCAUGACCUUUGUCCUCUACACUCUUGUGAUUCUUGCAAUGGCAUCAACUUUGACAAGAGACUCCCUAUACAACAAUGCGGAUAUCAUCCAGAUUGCAAACCUCUCAGGAGUUGUCAUUCUCCUUGGUGAAUUUGCGACUAGUUUCUUCUCUGCUUUGAUGGGCUUGAUUGGAUCUGCCAAACUUCUCCAGGCGAUUGCCAAGGACAGCUUGCUUCCCGGAUUAAAUCUGUUUAGCAAGGGCACAAAGAGAAAUGACGAGCCAGUGCGCGCGAUUAUCGUCACUUUGGUUGCUGCUCAGCUCACAAUGCUAUUUGACAUCAACCAGAUCGCAUCCUUUGUCACAAUGGCUUAUCUCAUGACAUUCUUAGUGACUAACCUGGCCUGUUUCUUGCUGAAAAUUGGUUCCGCUCCCAAUUUUCGUCCCUCGUUUCACUAUUUCAACUGGCAGACUGCAGCAACUGGUACUGUGGUUUGCGGAGCAAGUAUGUUUUUCGUGGAUGGAGUUUACGCUACAGGCUGCUUUGCUAUAUUGAUUACACUAUUUCUUUUGAUACAUUACACUUCCCCUCCGAAGCCAUGGGGUGAUGUAAGCCAGAGUUUGAUCUACCAUCAAGUGCGUAAGUACCUACUUCGCCUGAGGCAGGAGCAUGUCAAGUUCUGGCGACCCCAAAUCCUUUUAUUCGUCACCAAUUUUGAUGUGGAGUUCAAACUGGUUUCCUUUUGCAAUUCACUCAAGAAGGGAGCCUUGUUUGUACUUGGCCACGUACUUGUCACCGAUGAUUUCUCGUCUGCUGUUCCGGAAGCACGCCGCCAACAAACGACCUGGACGAAACUAGUGGAGAAUUCAAAGGUCAAAGCUUUCGUGAAUAUAGCCAUAUCCCCGGCUGUCGAAUGGGGAAUUCGGAAUAUUGUCUUGAACUCUGGAUUGGGAGGGAUGCGCCCAAAUAUAGUCAUCAUCGACCAGUUUCGCGAGGGCCAGUCGCUUGCCGAACCAGUGCAGCAUAAAAGUCAUCCACAGUUGUUAUCACCGGGUAGCUCCAAGCCUGAACCGUCAAGUAUGUCAACAAACUGUCAGACAUACGUCACGGUGCUAGAAGAUCUCCUGUUUCAACUGCGCAUCAAUGUUGCAGUAGCAAAGGGCUUCGAGGACCUCGAGCUACCCGGGGAACAUGGAAAAGAGCCUAAGAAAUAUAUUGAUCUUUGGCCGAUUCAGAUGUCUGCUGAGCUCAACGCCAACAGCGAAACGAAGCGCAAUAUCUUGACUACGAAUUUCGACACAUACACACUAAUCCUUCAGCUUGGAUGUAUUCUAAACACCGUGCCCUCUUGGAAAAGGGCAUACAAGUUGAGAGUAGCGGUAUUUGUUGAAUACGAGAUUGAUGUCGAGGAUGAGAGAAAACGGGUCGAGACUUUGCUUGAAAAAUUACGGAUUGAAGCGGAAAUAUUGGUCUUUUGGCUUGCAAGUGGUGACCUGAAAACCUAUCGCAUCAUAGUCAACGGAGAACCUCUCCCCGAAACUCAGGAUGUCGAUGACAAAAUCCACGCAGUUUUGAAGGAUGAAACUUGGUGGCAAGAAAUCCAACAAGGUCGAAGAAACUCAGAUGACUCUUCAACCCUUAGUUUGAUAAACAGGAUAGGAGGGCCAUCUCGUCUGGAUGCCUCUGGCAACGAGUAUCGGCACGCAGCACGCCAUCCACUGCCUGGCGGGGUAAGGAAAUUGAUCCAAUCUUCCAGGCGGCGACGAUCUAUUUCUAGCUUCAAAGGCUUGGGGGGCGUCAACUUGGGUAUGCAAACACACCGUUUGCUUGAUGCCUUUGUCGAGGAUAGUACACCAAGUGACAGCAGUGAUGAUAGUGACUCCUCGGAAUCCGUGAGCGAUGAAGAAGUAACAGAGGAAAUGCAUGGGCCAACAGCCGGACAAAGACAAGGUCAGCCUCUGGCGUCGGACUCGAGUCUCCCGACAAGGCAGGAGGCUGUCGCUGGGGAUGUUGAGAGGCCUAAAAUUCCACUUAUUAUUGAAACCGGCGAAACAGGUUCCUCACGACUCCCGGCAACCCCCAAGCGGCCAACGAUGAGCCGCUCAGCGUCGAGUAACCGAUUCACCUCUUCACCGAUACCUGAAGCUCGAGUCAACACAGAGGAAGGCGCAGGACCAAGUAUCAUGUUUGCUCAAAACAUGUCGCCUCCGCGGUCGUCCCAGACAGAGUCAAUCUACAAACGCCGCUCCCCAUCCGACUUGUCGGACAGGACAAGUGCCUCCGGAUUUCCGCAACAAGCAUCAGUCCCGUUGUCAUUCAAUGAUCUUCCGAGUCGUGCACAGCAUCUAAUACUGAACGAGCUGAUGGCUAAGCACAGCGAGGACACUGCUGUCCUUUUCACCACUCUGCCAUCGCCACUUGAGGGCACUGCGGUGAGCGAGGCUGCUAGUCAGUCUUACCUGAGUGAUCUGAGUGUGUUGUGGCAGGGAUUGCCUCCCUGCCUGCUGGUCCACAGCAACAGCAUGACUGUCACCCUAAAUCUUUGA